AUGCGCAUAGUGACCAUCUUGAUUCUUCUCUGCUUCUGCAGAGCUGCUGAGCUCCAUAAAGCCAGUCCUGGCACUUUGAGAAGCCAGGUCAAUCCCAGCCGCAGCCGGGCAGGUGGCAGCAGGAAAGCCCCAGUCAAACGCUAUGCACCAGGCCUCCCCUGUGAUGUAUACACAUACCUCCAUGAGAAAUACCUGGACUGCCAGGAAAGAAAAUUAGUGUAUGUGUUACCCAACUGGCCUCAAGAUUUGCUGCACAUGCUCUUAGCGAGAAACAAAAUCCGUGUGUUGAAGAACAACAUGUUUUCAAGAUUCAAAAGGCUGAAGAGCCUGGACCUGCAACAGAACGAGAUCUCUAAAAUUGAGAGCGAUGCAUUCUUUGGUUUAAACAAGCUUACCACCCUCUUGCUGCAGCACAACCAGAUCAAGGUGCUGACGGAGGAGGUGUUCAUUUACACCCCUCUCCUGAGCUACCUGCGUCUCUAUGACAACCCCUGGCACUGUAUGUGUGAGUUAGAAACGCUCGUUUCAAUGCUGCAGAUCCCACGGAACCGGAAUUUGGGCAAUUAUGCCAAGUGUGAAAGCCCACCAGCAAUGAAAAAUAAAAAAUUGCUGCAACUAAAGCCUGAAGAAUUAUGUGAUGAAGAGGAAAGGGAGCAACUAGACCCCAAACCCCAAGUCUCAGGGAGACCCCCAGUCAUCAGGCCGGAAGCCGACUCCACGCUGUGCCACAAUUACGUGUUUCCCAUACAAACACUGGACUGCAAGAGUAAAGAGUUGAAGAAAGUCCCAGGCAACAUCCCUCCAGACAUUGUUAAGCUUGACUUGUCAUACAACAAAAUCAGCCAGCUCCGACCCAAGGAAUUUGAAGAUGCUCACGAAUUAAAGAAGUUAAACCUGAGCAGCAACGGCAUUGGAUUCAUAGAUCCUGCUGCCUUUUUAGGGCUCACACAUCUAGAAGAGCUCGACCUAUCAAACAACAACCUGCAGAACUUUGACUAUGGAGUGUUAGAAGAUCUGUAUUUUCUGAAACUCCUGUGGCUCAGAGACAACCCUUGGAGAUGCGACUACAAUAUCCACUACCUAUACUACUGGCUAAAGCACCACUACAAUGUCCACUAUAACGGUCUGGAGUGCAAAACACCAGAAGAGUACAAAGGAUGGCCUGUGGGAAAAUACGUUCGGAGUUACUAUGAAGAAUGCCCCAAAGACAAGCUGCCAGCCUACCCUGAGACUUUUGACCAGGAUACAGAAGAUGAUGACUGGGAAAAGAUACACAGAGAUCACACAGCAAAGAAACACAGAGUGAGAAUCACCAUAGUGGGAUAG